AUGGGGCAGAAGAGCUCCUCUUGCACAAUGACGACGAAUCGAGGCGACAGCAACGCCACGCGCACCCAUCGGGGAGGGGGAUGCCCGCUGGAGAUGAUCCCAACUGAGCCGGUUGACAUGGAGCCGACGCCGCUUGCUGCUGCUGAGACUGCCCACACCCGCUGCUCGUGGCUGUCAGCGACGGAGUCGGCACUCACAAGUGAUUGGCAGGAGGGGCGCCGCAAGCAGCAGCGCGGUAUCGCCGGUACGUCGCCGCACGUCCGACUCACAUGUGCCGCGGCAACGUUCCCGGAGAACCGCACGACUGCGAUUGUGCACAGCCUUCCGCCCACCAACACAGCAGCGGCUGCUGUUGCAACGAGGAGGAGUAAUAAUGAUGAUGAUGAUAGUGGCGAUGUGCCACCGGUGACGGAUAUUCCUGUUGGCAUGGAAUACUUCCUAGCGCUCCGGGCGGCAUGGCGGAAAGAGGCGACACCGCAGGCGAUUUUACCCGCCACCGACCUGAGGGACCUCGACGACAGUCUCAUUCUGAGCUCCAUUGAGGAGCCGGUGGGGAAGGCGAUGUGGCCGCCGGUGCCGCUGUCAUACAUGGUCUCCGAGAUACUUGUGCCGCAGUGGGACGCGGGUGGGCUCUACGACGAGCCGCAUACGCGGCGCAACAGGUGA